AUGAUCCUGGCUUCCCUGUCGGUCUUCUUCAUCUGCUCAUAGAUCACUUUGCCACGAAAUGCUUGUGCUGUUGCUGAAAUCAAGAAGCCUCCCCAGCCGUGCUCCCCUUCAAUGAAAUGAACACGCAAACAAGAAACCAGAAUGAGGAAAGGUGACAAUACCAAAGUGUGGCCCCUGAAAUAUGAGCAACUUCUCCAUAUGGAGGACCACGAUUUUACAAUGAAACCUGGAUUUGGAGGUGAUUCUCCAGUGCCAGCGGGAAAUGACGUCCAGAUUGAAAGCAUUGACAGCAUUUCAGAGGUUAACGUGGACUUUACAAUGACUUUUUAUCUCAGGCAUUACUGGAAAGAUGAAAGGCUCUCCUUUCCUAGCACAACAAGCAAAAGCAUGACUUUCGAUCAUAGAUAAUUCAAAAAGAUUUGGGUGCCUGACAUUUUUGUCAGUUCUAAAAGAUUCUUCAUUCAUGAUAUGACUGUGGAGAACAUUAUGCUGUGCAUACACCUUGAUGGAAAUGUCCUCUUUAGUCUCAGGAUAACUGUUUCUGCCAUGUGCUUUAUGGAUUUCAGAGGGUUUCCUCUUGACACUCAAAAUUGUUCCCUUGAACUGGAAAGCUAUGCCUACAAUGAAGAGGAUCUCAUGCUAUCCUGGAAACAUGGAAACAGGUCCUUAAAUACUGAUGAGCAUGUUUCCCUUUCUCAGUUCUUUGAGGAGUUCAGUGCAUCCAGUGGUGCCUUCUAUAGCAGCACAGGAUGGUACGAUAGGCUUUUCAUUAACUUUGUGCUAAGAAAACAUAUUUUCUUCUUUGUGCUGCAAACCCCUUUCCCCGCUAUGUUGACAGUAACACUUUCAUGGGUUUCAUUUUGGACUGACAGACGAGCUGUUCCUGUCAGAGUUUCCCUGGGAAUCACCCUGGCGCUGACCGUGUCCGUGAUCAGCUCUGGCACGAGGGCUUCCGUGCCCCAGGUGUUCUACAUCAAGGCCGUGGGGCCGCGGACGGUACCUGCGGGGCCCCCGCUCUCUGUGUUCCCGUCAGCCACUGAGCAUGCAGCCCGGAACGACCUCGUCACGGUGGAAGAGCGGACACAGCGCGGGGAGACACGGAAGAUACUGCCUUGCUUUGAUUAUCAUAUAACUUUAAGUAUGGCCUUUGAUGGUUGUUCCCUUGACAGGGAGACUGAAGGGCAGAAUUCCUUUUCUCUUGGCUCAGAAGAAGCCUCCAUUGGAGGAAGAGUCACAGGCAGCCCCAGGGCAGAUUCAUCUCAGAUAAAGAGAAGGUCUCUCUGGUAGAAUCUUUUGGAGAACAACCAUGUUAUGACCUAUUCCAGGAUUUUAUUUCCCAUUGUGUAUAUUUUAUUUAAUUUAUUUUACUGGGGUAUGUAUGUGUGAGGAGGAAUUCCCAAUAUAUAAAACCAGUU